CCUGAAUAUGCAGUCAUAGUUAAGAAAAUGACUAAUUAGUUAAGUACACAUAUUUAUGUUAAGCAUAUUAUCAAUAAAAAAAUCCAAUUGUAUUUUUGUGUAUUUUUAUGCAUGUUAAAUAUUUAAUUGAAAUAAAAAUAAAUGCAAAAGGAAAAAAUUUUUACCAUAUGUGCAUCUGGAAAUAAGGAAGCAUUAGUUAAUCUUAUUGAAAAGUCUGAUGAUAAAUUAACUUUAUUGUCUACCAAAUGUUCUGAUGGGAAAUCAAUGUUAGAAAUUGCUGCAUGUUUUGGACGCGUAAAUAUCAUUGAAGAACUUGUUAAAAAUGGCUUAAAAUUAGAGGAUAAAUCAGAAAGAGGUUAUACUUUGCUACAUUGGUGUGCUUGUUGGGGUCAUACUGAAGUGAUAAAAUACUUGUGUGAUAUAAAUGUUAUUAACAUUUAUCAAGCAAAUAUUUUUGAAGAAACAGCAAGACAUAUAGCAUUAAGGUAUAACAAAGGCGAUUGUGUUCAACUUCUAGAAAAAUAUGCUUCAUUGAGGGAUUACAUAACUGAAUGUAAACAAAUUACUACAGAUCCAGACAAAAAUAUGGGGCGUUUGACCAAAUUUGAUAAGACAAGUAUAAACAAACAUUGUGACGAGAAAUUUGAAUGGAUGAAACAAAAUCGAGAAAAUGCUACAUCAGAGCAAAUAAAAGAAAAGCAGCACGAGCUGGAACAUCAACUGGAAGUCAUAUUUAACAAAUUGAAAUAGUUAAAACAUUUUAUUUUUAAAACAAUUUAAUUUAAAAUGCAAAGUGAUUCGUUGAAGUGUAAUAAAAUUAUGAAAUAUAGUUUGUCAUAAGUU